GCAUCCCUCGUCUCUUGUUUGUACUUGGUGUAUUGCGUGCUGCGUGUUUCACGUUCGAGCUAGAAAAAAGUUAAAAACGUUGUAAAAAAAAGUACUCUACUUUCGUUUAAUUCGAGUUUUGCACACGAAAUGCAAGUAUUCAUUGCGAAACAGUGUCGUCACUUAUGGAACAUGGAAACUUUGUUCGCGCUAAAAAUUCCAAAAUGAUAUUUCCAGUGGAACAACAACCUGUGAUGGGUCGAAUUCCCAGCCCAAUUCCUGGUUCAUCAGAAGCAACGUGUGAAAUGGAUAGCGAUCUCGGAUCUUCUGGAUACAAACACAAAGACAAGCAACAAAACAAAUGCAGGGAUAAUUUUAGCCCUGUUCCUGGUUCGACAAAAGCAAUGAACGAUUGCUCUAGUGCUUCUGAACCUUGGCACAAGGAUGAAAUUGAAGGCCUCAAUGAUAAACUUUUGGAAUUACUCUCUUUGCACAAUGUUUCGACUCCGCCAAAACCGAUACUGUCUCAAAGACCAAGAACUUUGUCCAGUACACUUUCUGACACAGAUACAGAUAAUCCAAAUGAAGCUAUUGGAUCAAGACAAAACCCUAUGGCCCACUACAAAUACGAUUAUGCUUUUAUUCAUCACGGCAGUCCUAUGAAUUCUAAAAAUCCACCCAACUGGCUCCCUCCUAUUGGAGUUUUUUGGGAUAUCGAAAAUUGUCAGGUGCCCAAAGGUCGAUCGGCUGCAGCUAUCGCUCAAGUAAUAAGGGAUACAUUUUUUCACGGCUAUAGAGAGGCUGAAUUCAUUGUGGUGUGUGACGUUCAAAAGGAAAAUAAACAAGUUAUGCAAGAGCUUAACAAUGCUCAAGUAAACUUGAUUCACGUAGCAGCAACUUAUAAAAACGCUGCCGAUGAGAAGCUGAAACAGUCAAUCAGGAGGUUUGCCGACAUACAUGGAAGUCCGGCAUGCAUAAUAUUAAUAUCAAGCGAUAUUAAUUUCGCGGCCGAUUUGAGUGAUAUUCGGCAUAGAAAAAAAAUCCACGUUAUUUUAUUACACAAUGAGAAUUCUUCAGAAGCUCUCAUAUUGUGUGCGAACGAACACUUUAUUUUUACAGAACUCAUGGAGAGUUUACCAGUUAGGACACCUUUGAAGGUUCCCGAGUAUUGUGAUCUUCUAGUUAGUAAUCUUCCCAAGGAUAAGGAUCUUAACUCUAUAAAACGUCGUCUGAAACGUCUUUCGGACAAUUGUGGCGGUCGGGUGAUAGGGAUCAAUUCAAAUGUCGCCACUAUUCGUUUCCGUUCACAGGACAGUGCGGACAGGGCCCAGAAGCGUAUGGAUGGCGAGAACGUUUUCGACUUCAAUAUUGUCGUGAAAUUUCUCAAGGAAAAGGAGACUCGUUCGAGCAAAAUCCAAGAAAAUACUGCUCCGGUCGAACUGGUGAGUGAUUCUGGAACGGCUAUUAGUUCACCGAUACAAAUGUACAGCGCAAAUGCCACGAUUACCGGCGCUAGAAGUCUGCCCGGAACACCCCACUACAAUUCAUCAUCUCCGGUUAUCGGGAAUUUCUCUGGUUGGAAUGGAGUCCAUUGCGGACCGAUGAACGCUCCGCCUGGAAUGAUGCCGCCGCCGCCAAUGUUCGUGGGAAGAUCCUUCAGCAGCAACGGCGAAGUUAUUUAUAACAACAGAACGUAUGGCGAAAUGCCACGGGUUAAUUCUCCGGUGGUUUGGCCGGCCGGAGGUUCGCAACAAUACGGACGAUGGGAGGAGCAACAACAGUAUAAGGUCGAUAGAGGAAAGCCAUUUGGAAAACGCGUGCCAAUCUCGCAGGUUCGGGACAACGGCGCGAUCAAUGGAGGUGGUUGUCGAACGCCCGAUGGUAUGAGACGAAUGCGAGGAGCUCAUGCUCUUAUGAACCAUCAUCAUCAAGAAUGGAACAUGCAGCGACCUCCUUACUGUCCAUUGCCACUUCCUGCCGGAGGAUACAAUGGCAACGGGUUUGGGCAACCGAACAAUUUCAAAAGACGAAGCCCCUCUCCUAUGUACGCGGGACAAAUGAGGGAUCACCAAUGGAACGGGCAUCCCAUGCAACUUCGCAGUGCUCGGACACCAUCUCCUUACGAAAGUUGCUCCGUCCAAACCCUCAAUCAACCACCGAACAGGAACUCACCUUAUCCGCAUAGCGAGCCGGAUAACGAAGAAGUCGAGCAUUUUUUCAAUCCUAUAAAUAAUCGUACCUGCUCGGGAAGAGAGAACAACACAUACACACCAGUUGAACUUCAAGUUACUAAUCUCGAUCAAAAUAUCGAACCCAAAGAAAUGAAGCGUGUACUUUCGUCGAUUUUCAUGGAACACGUGAUGGUACUGCAUGUAUCAGUUUUCAUGCAAUCGGAUGGAAAUUUUGCGGCAAACGUAAAAGUACCUUCGUUGCCGGACGCUCAGUACGCGAUUUCUCAGCUGCACCGUCGUAAAGUCGGUUACAAGAGAAUACUCAUAGCGUAUGCGCACUCCGGAGGCUCGAAUCCGCAGCUCAUUCGAUCACAGAUCGUCAUUUUACUUCAAGAAGUGCCAGGACACAAAUUACCACUUUUCAAAUUUCGCGAAAUGUACGAAAGUCGUUUCCUCAUCUCCGUUAGCGUCUCGGACUUGUACAAAAUGAAAGACGUUUGCAUCAUCACCGAAGACCCUGGCGGUCGUAUGGUUUCUCUGAAUCCCGAUCACAGAAAUACUCCGUCUCCCUGUCUCAGCAACAUGUCACAAGAGGGCCAUCUCGAUUUACCGUAUUGUACGAUUCAUACUCCGAAACCUUGGCCCGACAAAGGCUGGGCCGAGCAAGAAAUGGCCGAAUUACCUAAUGUUAGAAUUCCGCUAAAAGUUCUGAGCUCACGAGUACACCAAUUACUGACCACGCACAAUGGUGGUUUACCGUUGCCAAGUCUUCCAACUUGCUACGAGGCGGAAUUCACACAACAAUUGGAAAUCGACGAGGAUGGUGUGCCUCUGGAACAUCUUAUCGCAUGUUUGCCAUCGGUGGAUUUGAAACAGGGCGUUGGUAGUGUCAAAUAUAUUGUUUGGGUCGGAACCAAAGUCCACGAUGAUAAUCACGAAGAAAGCAAGUGUGUGAGUCCGGCCUUGGCGAGUCAAUUGGCACUCUUCAGCAGAGAAUUAGUGGAUUUACUGAAAACUGCUCCGCACUGCCAGUUGUCAUUCAAUCGAUUUAUUCCUGCGUAUCAUCAUCACUUCGGAAGACAAUGCCGAGUAGCGGAUUACGGUUUCACAAAACUGAUCGAUCUCCUCGAAGCACUGACUCACACUGUGCAAGUGAUGGGUGAAGGAAACAAACGCACCGUAACGCUUUCGCAUCGUGCACAAAUACGACGCUUUACCUCCGACCUGCUGCGCGUGCUCAAAGCUCAGGCUAGCAAACAGAUUACCCUUUCGGAAUUUCCGAACGUUUACGCCAGAGUCAUAGGAAAACCUUGGGACGUUGUCGACUAUGGAGUUUGCGAGAUUGGCGAUAUUCUGAACGAAGUAUCCGAGAACACGGUCGUCGUAACAUCGUACAACGGCAACGACAAAUUGAUUGCGAUACCAAAACGCGAACAAACGGCUGACGAAAUCGAAAGAACGAAGCAGUUCGCAGUUGAAGUUAUAGAAUUGUUGGGUCACGCGCCCCAAUGUAGCAUGCUCUUUAACAAAUUCGUUCCAUCGUAUCAUCACCAUUUCGGUCAUCAAUGUCGAGUCUCUGAUUACGGAUUCACAAAGCUCAUAGAACUGUUCGAGUCGAUACCUAACAUCGUGAAAAUCGAAGAUGCGCCCGGUGGUGAGAGGAAAAUAACUCUCACUGAGAAAGAAGCUCUUCGGGUUUUAGGCGAACAGAUUGGAAAACUGGUGUCACGCUCUCGGGGUGGACUGAGCAUUUCAAACGUUGCCGAAGCAUUUCUACGACAAUUCGGUUACGUUUUGCGUCCAGAGUUCUUCCAGUGCAGUUCGAUUUCAAGCUUAUUGGAAAAACUGUCUGGCAACGUGAAAGUCGUACCGUCACCGAAUGGACCGAUGGUCACACUCGUCGACAAGUCUCAUUUGCAACAACUCGGUCUUCAGUGCCGCAGAAUUCUCAUGGACGAAUCGAACAAUUGCUUGCCAGUGAAACAAUUCCAAAAGGCUUACAAUCAUUAUUAUGGCAGUUCUUGCGAUAUCAAUGAAAUACAACAAGAUCUCUCGAGAAUUGUCAAAUUCGUGGGUGCCGGUGACGAGCAAUUUAUCGAGUUAACGCCGUUGCAACGUUUUGCCUGCAACGUUUAUCGCGUGAUGAUGAAUUACGGUGGAAAAAUGAACGUGACACAGUUCGAAUCAGCUUACCUGAAAAUAAUUGGCGUCGCUUGCAAAGUCGCUGAGUAUGGAUUCCCCACACUCCAAGCUCUCUUGCAAGCUUUGCCUUGCACAAUUAUUCUCCAAGAUGCUCGUCCGAAGAAAAAGCAGUUGAUGUUUCUCAACAAGAAACUCGCAGCUGUCGGUAUACCGCUGCCUUCGACUUUGGCUUCGCCAUAUCGAGGCCGGGACUCCAGCAACGAUUCCCUCGAGAGCGAAAAAUCUUCUCGUCUCACCGCAGCCAACACAUCGGGCACUCAGAAAGAACGCGAACAAUGGAAAAAAGGAGAAAAUGCUUGGGGACAAAACGUGAACAAAGUAACAUGGCAAACGAAAAACAACGAUCAUUGGUCCAUCGACCCAAGCACGUCCGAGGCGCAACCUCACGAUUGGCCAUCCGAAACCGGUCGUGACACUUUGCUCAAGAGCUUGAAACGAGUCCCGGUCGUUCCUAAAUCAUUCCCACCGCCAAAGCCCGAUUCGCCACCCGAAGACACUCCCAACGGGGACAAAACUUGGAAAUCUUCGAUCUGGGCUACCCCCCCAAAGUACAAUUACCCACCGGAUGCCCAAACGCACGUCGACGUUCCACCCCUGACUCUGCCACCUUGGAAUCCCAUGUCUCCCCCCGAUGGCUCCUCCAACUUGCUUUCACCAGCCAAAAACUUAUUACCAGCUGCAGCGAAUCCUCUCAAUCCACGCACUUCGCCCUAUUUCUCAUCGAAACGUAAUGUCGUGAUUGCUCCUCAUCCUUCGGAACUGCCACUGCCAUCAAUGAACCUGGCACCAAGGCGUGGCAAUCUUUCAAGCGAUAACGAAUCACCGAGCGGAUUGAAAGAGCUUGAAACAAUGAAAUUCGGCAAUUCUUUGGAAGAUACCAGUCGCACGGACUCUGAGACCGGAAGCACUUCCGGUAACGAUACUCUCGAUCAAGUCAGCUCGACACCUAGUAAACGAUUAUUCGCAGGCAAACGACGUUUGGCUGCUCAGUUUAAUCAACGGCUCGAUCAAUGAAUGUCGAAGGCUGUUUUAAAGCGAAAAUAAAUCGGACGUCGCAGAUGGUAUCUCGAUCAUCAAAAACGUUUUUAUCCUGGAUUCAUCAUAUCCGAGCGAGUACCGAAGGAGUCCACAGCAAAAGAGUCUCGGUAGGCCAUCAAUGGGUCAAUUCUCUACUGCAAUGUGGAUCGUGCAGUAGGUAAUUCCCAUUUCGAUCAUAUCAACGAACACACAAAAAGCCUUGUGAACAUUUUAGGGCGCAUAAAAGCGCUCAGGAACCGGAGCAUUUUAACAUUUUCAUUCCUCCAUUAUUGCUCGUUAUUUAUUUUGAAAAAUGCGUUAAUACGAUACAUUGCACAUGCUGUACAUGGUUUUUCAGACAUGAAUAUGUACCAUAAAUAAUCCUCGGUUUUUUAAAAUACCGAGAACAAAACCCAAUAUAUCUGCGAAACAACAAACAAAUCUAAUGGAGAGACAACGUUACAUUUUCCAAGACUGUGAUAAUAAGAAAGAACGAUAGGUACAAAGAGUCCAAUCAGUUUUUAGCAUUCGUAGGUAUAUCUUACCGAAUUUCGGGCCAUUUAUCAACAGUUUUGUUGAAACUUGACUUUGACAUCGAGUUGACACGAGGCAAAAAAAAAAGAAAUAGAAAAAAUAACACUCAAAUGGCCCGAAAAGUAUGCUCGAGCUAUUCGUAGUCAGGAUUUUUUCGUUUUUCUUUUAGAGUUCACAUGUAUACUUAGUGUAAGUAUUAAACGUACGCGCAUUUGUUUUUCUCGCAACGUUCACAAUGCACAUUAACGAUUUAUUCAACAAUUUGUGCAUUCUUUUGCCUAUUUUUUUUUCUUUUUUUUUUCUUUUUUAAUUCUACUUUAUUCCCGUACGUCUGAAAAUAUACUCUUGAUAGAUCCAUUAAUCAUCGACUGUAUUCUUUCGUUUGUCAGCAUAUACCUAAUUUUUUGUUGCUCAUUUGUUUUAUACCACACACCGAUUAUAUAUUUUAUAUGAAUAUUUCGUAGACAGAUAAUUUCCUAGUCUUGCCUUGAAAUGGACGUGGCAUAUCGAGAACUGUCUCUCCCUCCGAUGUGAUGGGAAAACCUUUGCAAACAAAUUGCGAGAGUGAUGGAAGGAUGAUAUUUUAAAAAAUUCUGCAGAAAUGAUAACCAUUCGAAAUAUUAACAGCAUGGUGGGUAAUGUCAUGAAAUCGAACACUUUCGCGACUUUCGAAAACACCUGAAAACUCGUAAUUGUUUAAUUUCAUUUUUUACCGAGACUCCUGAACAACGUGAAUCGAGUAUCUCUCAAGUUUUUCAAUGGUUUUCAAUUCAAUUCUGCAUUUUAUUGGGGAGGAAAAAACAAACAAACAAAAAGAAAAAAAAACGACAUACGAGCGUAUAAAGAAAUGGGAAUCAUGUCUUAUGGGAUGUUUAUUUCAAUACGAUAAACGAUAUAAAUUCGAAGGCGAUAUGCAAAGAAAUGAGAACAACUUGGAGACAAGCAUCUAUGCUCUGUCCGAUACCGUGUCUAUACAUAUAUUUAUAUAUGAUCUCAAAUUUUUAUUUUAAUACUUGCGAAUGGUAUUUUACUAGCGAAUAAGUACAUUUAAGUUGAUGGUGAGGAAUGAGUGUUGCAACGAGCGAGAGAAAAAAAGAGUCGCUGUGAUGGAUAAAUGAUUUAUAAAUUAUAAGUGAGUCGUACGGAUCGACCUGAUGCAUUGUCCACUCAAUAUUUUCUAUUUAUAUUCGGAUACAUUGCUCAUUAUAUACUUACCGUGUGUACAUUCGAAAUAGAAAGGAAAAAAAAUAUGAUUAUAUUGAAAUCUGAUGAAUACGUACGCGAGAGAACUUGUCACUUGCGACGCGAGCAAGACUUCUAGCUCCUACGAUUGCAAUCAACGGUUAAGUUUGAUUUAUUUAUUUUUAUUGCAAUAUGCUAAUUUAUCGUAUAUAUCAUCACAUAACUUGUAUAUUUAUUUCCGUAUUGCCCGAGUGUAUCGUAUAUUCGUUGGAGUUUUCACAAAACGCGAACAAAAUGGUAAAAAUUAUAAAUCUCACAUUCCAUUGAAACGAAACUGAAUCCAUACAUUUUUGUUGAAUUUAUUGCGAUUAGAUGCGCAGAAUUCGAUAAGAUUUUGCGAAUGGUGAAAUUCGUCGAAAUUACACGUUCCCCAACGCUCCUUUCGUGCACUGAACAAACUGGUUGUAUAAUGUAAUACGGAACAGAGCAAUCCUCCCCCUCCCCCUCGAACAUGCAAUUAUUCGAGCGUUCAAAUUUUAUUGUCAUAACGAGCAAUAAGAUAUUGUAGUUGUAAAUUAUAAAACAAAAUCGGUGGUUUCCUCCAAAAAAAAAAACAAGUAUUUAAUAAAAAAAAAUAAUUUUGUAUACGUGUUAAUUAGAGUAGAAUUCUCGUCAUUUCUUUUUGUACAUACUCCAGUGAGAAUAUCAUUCUUACCUCGCGUGCAACGACUUAAAAUUGCUCGUCAAGACGGAACAUGUGCAACGAAUUGUUCACGAAAGAACGAAUAAAAUCGUGAAAUUUGAGCAAAAA